AGAACAAAACACAAACGAAACAAACUACACCGUUGUUUCGGCACUUUAAACCGAUUUCCCUCGUUCAUAAGGGUAAUCUUUAUACAAAGAGUUCCUAUUCAAACCCUCUUUUGGGUAUAAUCUCCAGCGCGUGUGUUGGUAGAAAUAUUGAUAUAUGUGUAUCGAUGCUGCUGAAAAUAUUCUUUGGCAGAUAUAAAGAUGAUAAGAAGCCGUAUAAAGUUUGAUUGGGAUAUUGAUUAAGUGUUGCGUCAAAGAUGUCGGCUACUGCCGUAGCGCGUACGGCGAUUCCUGGACCGACGACUAAUCCUUAUUCGGAUUCAGAAGAGCAGUAUGCGGACGACAACUUCAGCACAACGUCCACUCAGAUGGACACUUACUCCAAUUACACGGCCAACACUGAUACUCCUAUGUCACGCCUCAGUCGGUACGGCUUCAAGAUCCGCUCCUCGUCCAGUUUUCCCAGCAUUCUCGGUCUCUAUAGGGAGCCAAUUAAAGAGGAGUCCCCAAAGAAGAAGGAUAAAAAGAAGAAGAGGAGGACCAGAAUCCGAUACUCAGACAGCAAUCUUAGGUCUAAAGGAGCCACCCUGGAGAGCCUGAACACGGAGUCCCGGAGAACCACAGAGAACCGAGCAAUUCGGAUCGAGGCUGUGGCGCGGGAGCAGAUGGAAAGGUACGAAAAAUACAUCAAGAAGCUGCAGGACAAGGUUGAAAAACAGCGUGAGGACAGAAAGAUCAGUGAUGAAGAGUUGAACCGGCGGAUGAAGGCCCGCGAGGAAGAGGAACGAUCAAAAUCGAAUAUACGGAAACGCCCCAAGCAAGAGUUUGUCAAUGACUUACCAUACGUUAAAAAACUUCCCAAGUCCAACAUGAGAAAGGUUGUGCGACUCUCGGAUGAUCUGAAGAGGAAAGGCGUUCUAAAAACUCAGGAGGAUGUGGAUAAAUUCUGGAGGGACUUCGGGCACUCCGGACUGGAGCAGGAUAUCUUCAGAAAGGACACGGACAAGGAGAGUACUCCAGUUGACCAAACACAAGAUGAUUGGACCACAAUACACCGAAAAUCAAGAGCUAAAAUAAAGAACAAACAUAUACUGCCAGCAAGUCCCGACAAAUACAGUGAAGCCAGUAUACCUCCGCGAGGUCACACCAAACAUCUCGCAGACGAGAUCUUAUCGUCACGUGAUAACUAUGGCCAAGAUGGUCAGACACCGGAAGUGAAAUCCCCUGAAAGAAGAAGCAAAUCUAGACACAAGAAAAACUUACCACCCAUCGAAAGAAAGCGAUCCAAAUCCGAGAAGAAUCGAAAGAAAGCUAAAUCAUGGCCGGACCGCGACCCUGGCAACGAUUUGGAUGCGGUCAAAGAUGUUGCACCAGCUAAUGAAGUCUAGCCUGGUAUAUGAAACAAAGCUAAUUCACUCGUGGACACUGGGUUUGGAGAUGGUUCAAUAAUUGAUGACAGAUGUUACAGUUUCAUUUUCGAUUUUCGUAACGCAAAUUGGUUGAAAGUAGGCUCUUAUCCCAUGAAACAAUUAUAAAUGCUGACUGGUCUUGGCUCCACAAGCUGUGAAAUAUUCCAUUCCACGCAAUGAAGAUAAUUUUUGUGAUGUUGAUUAAUUGCACAUAUUGGUCAGGCAUUAAAAUGGCAAAAUAUAAGCCUUGAAUUCUAAAUGUGAAUGUAUCUUAAAUAUUAAUGACACAUUGUUAAUAAAACUUGUUAAACAAA